AUGCAGUUUUACUCUAUCUUCCUCGCUGCAGUUGCCUUGAUGGUUUCUACUGCCUCUGCCGCCGAUGAACAUUGGCAGAAGGCCGAUGUCGACUGCCUGAACCUCUGCCACGAGCAGCCGAAUGGAUUCACGUGUCCUCCUGAGACCGAAAAAAGCCAGCUUCCUAACGGCUGCUGGACCUGCUGCGACUCUGAGUAA